CUCUCCUCCCGUGUGCGCCCUCCUAUCCGCUGUGCGCUCUGAACACCAAACUCCCUCCUUCUCCUCCUCUCCUCCUCUCCUCCUCAGCGCUCGGAGCUCGACACGCACAGGCACAACAGAUGGUACAGUACUACAAGCUGCAGGAGCGCAAGAAUUUCAUGAACAAGUACUUGUAUUCCCCUUAACUUCAUAGAACCGUUUAGUAUAUCGGAGGAAGGGGGUUCUCCAAGGACACGCGGCACUGUAACAGCAAUUGGAUCCUACGGUUUAGAGGCGGAUUUUGGAGUCAAGGUCAGGAGCGGCCAUGCCAUUUGGCUGUAUAACAAUUGGAGAAAAGAAGGAUUAUAGCAAUCCUUCGGAUGUGACAGAUAAAUAUGACCUGGGUCAAAUUGUUAAAUCGGAGGAGUUCUGUGAGAUAUUCAGGGCCAAGGACAAAACUACAAUGAAAAUGUACACUUGUAAAAAGUUCCUGAAAAAGGAUGGAAGGAAAGUGCGCAAGGCGGCCAAAAACGAGAUCCUAAUCUUAAAGAUGGUGAAGCACCCCAAUAUUCUCCAGCUGGUUGAUGUCUUUGAGACCAAAAAGGAGUACUUCCUCUUCCUUGAGCUUGCAACAGGCAGAGAAGUAUUCGACUGGAUCCUGGACCAGGGCUACUACUCAGAACGAGAUACCAGUAAUGUGGUGCGCCAGGUUUUGGAGGCUGUGGCAUACCUCCACUCCCUGCAUAUCGUCCACAGAAACCUCAAGUUGGAGAACUUGGUUUAUUACAAUCGCCUGAAGAACUCUAAGAUAGUCAUCAGUGACUUCCAUCUUGCCAAGUUGGAGAAUGGACUUAUAAAGGACCCCUGUGGAACACCAGAGUACUUGGCUCCAGAAGUGGUUGGCAGACAGCGCUAUGGCAAACCGGUGGACUGCUGGGCAACGGGUGUCAUCAUGUACAUUCUGCUGUCAGGCAACCCUCCUUUCUAUGAUGAAACUGAUGACGAUGAUUAUGAAAACCAUGACAAGAACCUGUUCCGAAAGAUCCUGGCAGGCGAUUAUGAAUUUGACUCUCCAUAUUGGGAUGAAAUCUCUGAUUCAGCAAAGAGUCUGGUUUCUCGUCUGAUGGAGGUGGAUCAGGACCAGAGGCUGACAGCCCAGGAGGCUAUUAAUCAUGAAUGGAUCUCUGGCGGUGCAGCUUCUGAUAAGAACAUUAAGGAAAAUGUGUGCGCACAAAUAGAGAAGAACUUUGCCAGGGCUAAAUGGAAGAAAGCGGUUCGGGUCACCACCAUCAUGAAGAGACUGAGAGUACCUGAGUCAAAGACAAACAGCCAAGAGGCCGCUGCCCCAGCAGCCACGACAGCUCCCCAGACAGGCACAGAGCCCUCAGCACCUACUUCUGUGGCAGCACCUGACGGAGCACCAGCUGACGUCACAGAGCCCCCUGCUGCAGCCGAGAUAAGCCAACCGGCCCAGGAGGCCGGAGCCGGGGAAGCAGCGUCAUCUGCUGAGCCUCAGCAGCCAAGCCCGCCUCCACAGGAGGGCGAGCCAUCAUCACGUUGUAAUGGAGAAGCUUUGGCUGCUCUUCAGGCAGACCCUGAGGCUGGGGACGAGCAGGGUUAGGACCCCCUCCCACCCUCCCCUGUGUGACCUCUGAAGUCCCCACCAACUCCUGCACACUGUACAUUAGCUGCUAGCAUGGUGACACUGACUCCGCUUCUCUCUCACUUGCAGCAUUAGUAUCAUCUCAUGGAGGCUGUUUGCUACCUUUCCUGAGUGCUGUGUUACAUUGACUUUCUUUCAAAAUGUAUUGUAUCUUUUUUCACUGACCCUCCGGUAUUUUAUGUUGGAUAAUAUAAACCACUCGUGUCCUUGAACACUUGAGUUUUAGGGGCAAAAACAGAUUUGCUGUCAAACAGGGAAUUUCAGAAAAAGUCUUUCUUUCUUAUACUUCUCUUACCGAUGAGAGGAUUCAAGGAAGACUUAAAUGUGCUGAAAAUUUUAUUUAAGUAACUUCUCCCUCCCUCGCUUGCAAAUAGAGAAUGUGUUCUUUGAAUGAGUAGAAAGUUUAGCUUGAGAUAUUUUGACCUUGAACUCCAACACUCAGCAAGUGCUCGUCCUCCUCACACAUUGAGAAGAUCACAUAUUUCUGUCACAGGAGGGAUUAGGUUAUCUUUAUACACUGAUAUCGUCGACACUUACCAGUUAUUUUGUGUUAAACAGACUGGUGACUGGGAGUUAUAAUGCCCAGUACUGUAUUUGUGAACGAGGCAGCUUCGCACAUAAGCACACACACAAACAUUAUGUCCCUUUGCUAAGUUCCUGCUCAGGAAAGCACCUCAUAGCUAUAUGUGUAAAGACUCUGUAUAUAGAGACCUUUGUAGAAGUAGCCAAAACAGCAUGCAUUUUCACUUUCUGCUCUUCAUCCUACAUUUACAAACACUUGGUGGAUAAAGAUGCCCUUCUACCAACUUCUUCUUAACAUAGACCACAACUCAUGCUCACCUCUUGCCACAAACAAUGUGGACUUUUCAAAAGCACACUGCACAUUAUGCUGUUUAUUGCUACUUGUUCAUUAAGGGCCCCUGCUGUCAAUAUGAUAAAAAAAAAAAUGUUGAUUACAGUACAUAGCAGUUCUAUGCAUCUAAAUUAAUUUGUAGCUUUCCUUUUAUAGAGACGGCAGUCCAUGACAUCUUUAUCCAUCGCGUGACAGAAACUGUUUUUUUUAGUUGAAAUGCUUAGUCUACUUGCGUUUGCUGUGGUUUAACCAUGGCCUCUGUGAUAUGAUAUUGACCUAAAUGCCACAUUUGUCUUAAUAUUUAGUUGUUUUUUUAAAACAAAAUGUGCAUUAACUGACCACAUGCGGCUUUCAAGGGAAGACUUGUAUAAUUUUGACUUUGUGGUAACUAGAGUCCUCCUCAUCAACUCAGCCUUGCUGACAUUUAUUCUACUGACAACAAUGUUCCGAGCAUUUGACAAUUUUUUAAACUUUUGUUAUAAUUUAGAGUUAUUUUAUAUUUCCAUGUUUUCGUUUGCUUUCUUCUAAACUUUUUCAUUUUUUUUUAUUCCAUAGAUUUCUAAUAAACAGUAAUAACAAUCUAUCCCUUCCUGCCACUGGUCCCCUCGAGCAUGAAUAAAGAGCAACAGAGGAAGUUCUCUCUGUAAUCACUCUAGAGGAAAUUGAGCAAUAUUUGACUGGCUGCAGAAACUGUGAUACCUGGUGUCCUCUCAAAAACAGUACAUGUACCUAAGUGGAAGUCUGUAGUCCUUGCCAGCUGUCAGGCCCAUCUGGGCCACUUAAACAACACGUGGCUGCUGUCAGAUAAGUGUGUGGGGGCGUAUAGAUAAGACCAUUUUGCUACUUUGGCCUGUGAGUGCCCACAUGGUUUCAUAUGUUAGCUCACGUUCAGCCAUGGGCUUUGAUUCCUUGCUCACAUGGAGGCAGCAGCCAUGUUGUUAACACAAUUAUUUGAUGAAACAGUAAUAUGGUAUGUCAGAAGUACAUUGUUAUGCUAGUUUUGUCCCAAUCUGUUGUCAGGAAUAUUUACCGUGAGCACCUGUGAAUUUGUUUGAAAGUGUGCAUUUUAAAUAAAAGGGGCUAUGGACAAAACUAACCAAGUUUAUAAUUCUAAGAAUCUCAAGUUUGACUAUAUGGUGUCAGAGUCCUUUGUUUAUAUAUGUAUCUCUUUUUAAUUUGUGCUAAAAGUAGAUUGGUACACACACACACACACACAAUGUUUUAGAAAAAUAUUUAGAUGAUAUAGAUUUUAAGCACAGGCUAAAACAAAAGACUAUGAAGUUUUUUGUGUGAAUAGAUUAUUUCAUGUAGUCAGUUCUCUUUGUUUAGAUGGCAAAUAAAUACUCUUUCAAUACUGUUACACAAUAUAAAGCAAUGUUUUUUUCCAGUACAUUCCUCACUGUAUUUAGUAUUUCAUGUCUGUUCAUUUUGCCAUGCACUUAAAGGUGUAUUUGUAGAUGUGAUGUUCGCCAGGACCAGUGGUCACCUGUAGGUCCUGUCUUGCAUUUGUGAGCUCUGUACUGUACUCCUUGAAUGAGUUGAUGACUUUGGUGGUAUUAAAAUUCUAAUUCAUUCA